AUGUAGAAUUACUUGAAAGAUGAUAAAAUAGAGAGGAAAAACUCAUUACUUCUAAAAUACUACGAAUCAAAUAAAGUGAAGCAAAUUAUUAGUGACUUGCAUUUAAAUAGAGAAGCACUUAAUGUUAUCAGAAAAAAGUUUAAAAAUCUGUUCAUUAGCAGCGAUGAUGAAGAUUAAUAAAGUUAAGUUUUAGAUGAAGAAUAGCUUAAAUAACUUCAUAAUAAUAAACAAGUUUGGGACAUUGAGGAGGACUAAGUUGUAUAGAUACUAAUAGAUACUCAAGCCACUUAUAGAACUGUAAUAAAAAGACUUGGAAAUGAUGUCUAUAACUAUCCGAUUCUAAGGAUUUUAAAUGAAAUUUGGAACAGUCUAAUAUUUCUCAUAGACCAUUUUUAUUCCUGCACAGAUAGGAUAAUAGAUAAAAAGUAUUAGAAGUUAGAUGGUGUGAUCAAGUUAAAGGAGCUUGUCUUUAGAAGAUAAAAAAAUUUGUUUGUUAAAGAAUUUGAGAUGAAAGAGCUUAAAUACUAAGAAGAUAUUAAAAAAUUAUAACUUGCUAUUGAGAGGGCCAAUUAAAGUAAGAGAGAAGUUGAAGAGUAACUCAGAUAAAGAGAAGCUGAAAUAAGUGAACUAACUGAUCCAUAGGGAUUGAAGGGUAAUUAAUUUGUUUUUAUUGACAAUUUAGAGAUGAAUAAUUUGAUGAGAAAUCUGGAUGAAGAGUUUUCUCAGGUCAUGGCUCAAUAAGAGGUUAAAGACUUAAAAAUACAUCAUGAGAAUGAAAAAUAAAGGAAAAAAUAGCCAGCCAAAAUAUCGAUUCCAAAAAGAUUAGGCAGAAGAAAUUCCUUAAAGCAAGUCGACCCAGUGAAUCUACUUGAUGUAUAGUAUAAAGAUAGAAUUAUAGUUUAAGUGCAAAAAGAAUUCGUCUAGCAAUUUUAAAAUCUAAUGAAGCCAUAAGAUGGUUAGCCAGCAGGGGCAAGCCAGCAGAAUGCAGCCAUAAUUUCUGAGUAAAUAAUGAACAGUGUCUUCAAAUAGAUUCAAAAGAAAAAUCUUGAGAUGAUCUAGAAGGAAUCUCCUGAACCUAUUUACAAAACAAAAAUGAAGCAUAAAAGUGUGCUUAAAAAGAAGAGAAUCUCAAAUAAAAUGAAAGCAGGAAUGAUGGAUUUACUUAAGGCAAAAAGACCAUCCUAAAAUUAAGAUUUAGAUCUCUACUAUGAUGAAGAAUAUGAUGUUGAAUAUGAUUAUGAGGAUGACUCGCAUGGAGAAAACAAGUCUGAACAUAGUAAUGCCUAAAUUCUGAAAAAACCGCCAAUUAUAACUUUAGAGCAAGAGAUUCAAACUGAUGAUUCUUAUCUUUAAAACAUUAAUAAUGACAAGGAUGGAAAUGAUAACUAGCCUAAGAAAUAAAAAUAAAAUGUGCUUCUUAAAGCUUUGAAAAAAUACGGCAAAGGAAAGAAUGAAAAAGUUCCAAUGCCCUAAAAUAGCAUAUACUAACUUAUGGAGAUAGCAAUGGAGGAAAAAUACAAAUAUGAUAUAAAAUCUGAUAGAGAGGAGACCUUCCCCAAGUUUUCUUUUGAUUAUUUGAUUAUGCAUUACGGACUUAAAACAAUCGCUUUGAAAAACCUUGGCUCAAUUUCUUUAGGAUUGAAAAACUUGAUUAAAGAUAAGAAAAAUACCUUUGCCUCACUUUUGAUUAGAAUUUUAGGAUUUGAUGAUCCAUUAAAAAAUGAUGAAGCAAGGAUGAUGAUAAAAUCAAGAAAAUUCUUCAAUGAGGUAUAAACAAUAUGGGUCAGCAAACUAGUUGACAAAAUAAAGGACAAGUUUAAAGAUGAAAAUAAUAAUAAUAUCGCCUAAGGUGGAGUAUGCUCUGUUUUUGCAUUGACUGAUCAUUUAAUAUAAUGCUUAGAAAAGAAUAAUACAGUUAUAUUGGAUGAGUUUAUAAGCAAGGUACUUCCAUAAUCAAUUGUAUCGAGAGAGGAUGGCUAAAGCAUAAGUAUCCAUAAUGAUAGUUCAUUUGAUAGUUCUAGUGCUUAGAAAUUUAGGUUAGAUUACAUAUUGAUGAGGUUGGUUCAUCGAAUUUAAAAAAGCGGAAAGGAUCUUAAAAUAUCCAUUGAAAAUUUCUUUAAAUCUUCAACUGAAGAUGAUAAAAGCGUUAUUGUUGAUCAGCUGCUAUCUAAUAACUGCUAAGGUCUUGCUGAACAAGAUUCGAGAUUCCUAAUGUGGGAAAGAAAAAAAUUGCAUGAAAAAGAUAAGCUUAUAUAAUUUUUCCAUCAAUUUGAUGAAAACGGAGAUGGAGUACUCGAAUUAAGAGAAUUCGAAGUUUUAAUGCAUCAUUUUGACAGUACUCUUUAACAAAAAGAAAUAGCUCAUUUCUUUAAUCAGACUCUAGAGUUAGUUUAAAGUGAAAACCCUGAUGAGAUGAGUCCUGACGCCUUUUGUGAGAUGAUGAUUGAACAUAAAAUUGGAGGAUUUGGAAAAGAUAUAAUAACUAAUUAAUAUAUAGACCAGGUUUUAGCCCCUAAAGUAAAGUAAUUAAAAGACAGCAAGAAAACAGGCUAGAAUCUCAUAUGA